GAUCCUCAAAGCACAGCAGAAGUACAGCCAACAUCACAAGUUUCACAUGAAUUGCAAGGUAACCAGCAAAACCCUCCAACUAUGGAGGCUCCUGGAGUGGACUCAGGUUCACCAUCCAUUGCAAGCAAUGAUAACAGAAAGGUUUCUCGUGAAGAUAUUGAACUUGUUCAGAAUUUGAUAGAACGUUGUUUGCAAUUGUAUAUGAAUCGAGGGGAAGUGGUUCGGACCCUCUCCAAUCGUGCAAGAAUAGAACCUGGUUUUACAACACUAGUAUGGCAGAAACUGGAAGAAGAAAACUCCGAGUUUUUCAGAGCUUAUUAUAUAAGGCUUAAACUGAAAAAACAGAUCAUCUUGUUCAAUCAUUUAUUGGAGCACCAGUACCAUCUGAUGAAGUACCCUGUGCCACCUCAGGUUCCACUAGUUCCAAUACAAAAUGGGAUUCACCCUAUGCAGGUUAAUAAUUUACCUACGGGGUACCCAGUUCCUCAGCAACAGCCAAUGACAACUACUGGCCAGCCUCAUGUUGAUCCUAUAGGUUGUGGACUGUCCAGCUGUCAUGUAGUUAAUGGAAUUCCUGCUCCAGGCAGUUUUCAUCCAAUUCAUAUGAAUUCUGGCAAUGACAUUGCGGUGGACAGGGGUGCACCUGAAGCAGCUCCUGCUGCCCCUCCAUGUAGUGCCAUGUUGUCGGUCUCAGAGACUGCUGUGGGUCCUGCAUCAGUGGCAUCGAGCAAUCAUUUUCCUUUCACUCCAUCUGAGUUAUCAGGGAUGAGCAUGGACACAUCUACACUCGACGCCAAUUUCACAUCUGAUGUAGCAAAUGCAGGAUUGUUGCAGCUAGGACCAGAUGGUGAGGUUGGAUCCUCCAGGGACUCCCUCAGAGCAGGAGGACAACUUUGGAGUUUCAAUCUUACAGAUCUAACUGCAGAUUUCACAAAUCUGGGAGAUCUUGGGGCUCUGGGAAGCUACACUGGCUCACCGUUCCUGCCAUCAGACUCCGACAUCCUGCUUGACUCUCCUGAGCAAGAAGAUAUCGUUGAGGAAUACUUUGCUGAUGCCAUCACUGGGCCCUGCUCUCAGUCAGAUGAAGAGAAUAAUAUGGAACCGAAUUGACCCUGCCAUUUUGCCGACUUCACUUUCUAGGGUAGACUAAUUUCAAGUAGAAGGCUUGGCCAUAUCUAAGUAUGAUAUGUUAAAGUUGAAUGAUUUUCAGUGUGCCUUGAUGGGUUGUAUCAUCAUGUCUAUGUUUAUGGCAAAAGGCUGUCCCUGGUCUUCUAACAGUGUUAUCGAAUUUUGCAGUGAAUGUUCUGAAUAACAGGAGAGAGAAGAUCAAAGUAUCUAUUGCUUCACUAUUGUUGGAAAACUCAAAUAAGGAUGGCAA